UUUAGACUUGGAUCUCUGAAGCUAGAGAAAGUUUCGAGUCCGGCGGAGGUGGUUAAGGAGCUGAUUGGUUACUGCCUAGACUGCCUGGGAAGACUGCAGGCGAAAAACGAGCACCUGCAAAAAGAAAAUGAAAGGCUUUUCAGCGACUGGAGCGAUGUGGAGAAGCGGCUGGAAAAAUGUGUGGAAGCUAAAGAAGAGCUAGAGGCAGAUCUUUAUAACCGGUUUAUUUUGGUGCUGAAUGAAAAGAAGGCAAAGAUAAGAAACUUACAGAAGUUGUUGAACGAAGCUAAAGAAUCUGCAGCAGAUACUGAAUGUACAAGGAAUAGUAUAGCUACUACUCAGAUGGCUACAGAGAGAGAAGACGACUAUGAUGGCAGCACUGAUGACGAAAGUGAAAAUUUAACGUGGGCCUCAUUACCAUCAG